AUGCAACUCCACAAAUGGCAUAGCAGCUGCGCAGCGUUAGUUUCUGAUGGUGAAGAAAUAUAUAAUUUUACUAACUGUGAUGGAACUCAAGUGCUAGGAGUUUUCUGGAGUCUGAAGAAAGAUAGUCUUUAUUUUAAAGUUAUCUGUAGUGCAUCACAAAGAAAAGACUCGAAAGUCACGAAGCGCUGUGUCUUAUCCACAAUUGCACGCCUUUUCGACCCCCUUGGAUUGCUUGGACCAGUAGUGUCAAAAGCAAAGAUAAUUUUGCAACAGCUAUGGUCUUUAAAACUGGACUGGCAUGAAGAACUACCUGAGAAACAGAUCCAAGAGUGGAAGAAGUUUGUCGAAGCUUUAAAGAGUGUUAACAACAUGGAAUUUGAUAGAUGUAUACUUACAGAGGGAGCUGACAUGAUUGAAAUUCAUGGAUUUGCCGACGCGUCAGAGGUUGCUUACGGUGCUGUUGUUUACUGUAAGUGUGUUAAAAAUGGUCAAGCAGCGACUAUCAAAUUGACUGUUAGCAAAAGUCGUGUAUCACCUUUGAAAAAGACCAAAUUAGUGAAAAAAGUGAUAAUAGUUCUCGAUUUUCCUAUAUCUAACAUCUACUUAUGGAGUGAUAGCAUAAUUGUGCUUUCUUGGAUACGUAAGGAGUCAUUUCUACUUAAGACUUUCGUUGAUAAUCGUGUAUCCCAGAUUCAAGACUUAACUAACAUUGACAGUUGGAGAUAUGUACCAUCAACUGAGAACCCUGCCGACAUUAUCUCCAGAGGUCUCGAUCCUGAUAAACUUUCACAAUGUAGAUUGUGGUUUGAAGGACCAAAUUUCUUGUGUAACAGUGAAUAUCCAAAUAGAGACAUUCCAUCCAGAGUUAUUGAAGAUGAAUUUUCUAAUGAAUUUAAACCAUCUAGUGACUUUAAUUGUUUUAUUAGUGACAAUAGUAAUUUUCUUGAUAAUUUUCUGGAAGUUAGUAAUAAUUAUAGUAAACUCAUUCGUGUAUUAAGUUUUGUGUAUAGGUUCAUCGAUAAUUGUCGGAGCACUUAUGACACAUCAACUGGGUCUUUGUCUCCAGAUGAACUUAAAAGAGCUGAACUGAAAUUGGUAAGUUUAGUGCAGAAACGGGAGUUCAGCAAGGAAAUUAGAGAUUUAGAAAUUACAGGUGCAGUUUCAAAGCAGAGUAAGGUAAGAAAUUUAUGUCUCUGCAUUGAUAAAGAAUGCCUCUUAAGAGUAGGUGGACGUUUGUCCAAUAGUGAAUUGUGCUUUGACAAAAAAUUCCCAUUAUUGUUACCAGAAAAACAUAAAUUAACACAAUUGAUAAUUAUUAGUAAUCAUAUUAAGAAUUUACAUGUUGGACCUCAAACAUUAUUGUUUAUUAUAAGGCAAAGAUUUUGGCCAAUCAAUGGCAGAUCUAUUUGUAGAAAAGUAGUUCGUGAGUGUUUGUCGUGCUUUAAAGCUAAACCAAUAACUUGUGAUCAACUUAUGGGUGAUCUACCCAAAAGUCGUGUGAGUCAAAACUUUCCAUUUGCCAUUUCAGGUGUGGACUUUUGCGGUCCAUUUACAAUUAAAUACAAGAACCAACGGAAAGGGGAUAACUUCACACAGCUUAGAAGCAAUGCUACAUUAUUGUUCAGUAUAUAA